AUGAGUGGAACACCACAAAACCCCGUCGUGCUAGCACCAGACUCUAGUCCGACCGCGAAGCAGGAUGCGCAGGCCAAGCAUCCUGGUGGGUAUGGAGAUGGCGCUGGUACACAGCCGAACGCCUUUUUGCAAAAUCUCCAAGCGUAUCAGUAUCAACAGCCGGCGCCCUUCAUGUCGACUGCAUCCACCCCCUCUGUCGGAACUAGUUCUGCGCCAUCAGACAGUAUUUUGCAGAUUAAGGCAACACGUCUUUCGCGCCUUUUUUCCAGCUAUACGGUCGAACAGUGCAUGGAUGUGCUGCGCGCAUCUAACUAUGACUUGGGCGAGGCAAUUGAGAAGCUCAGGCCGAAAAAGGUAGCCCCGCCGCCGCCACCACCUGUUUCAACACAUCAGACUCCAGCUCCAGCUCCAGCUCCAGUGCCUCGGCCGUCUGCUCCGCCAAAGCGGCCGGCUAAGCGCAAGGCCCGCGCCAUGUCCGACUCAGAUUCUGAUGGAUCUAUCAGUCUGGAUGAUGCAUCAACUGAUGAAGAAGAGUUUGGUGAUAUGGAUGAGCGUACCUAUCAACAGCAGCAACAGGCUCUUGCAUGGUUUAACCAGGUGGAUGCUACCAAUCUCAUCGAUACGAUUAAUUGUUCACAGGAACAGGCAAACACCAUCAUGUCGCUGCGUCCAUUUGGAACGGUUGAUGACGUGUAUGAAAAGCUCGGUGAUAAGUCGGCCAAGGGAGUAUCGCCGCGCCUUUUCUCGAAUUGUGUGGAACUGAUGGCUGGCUACAUGGAAGUGGAUGAAGUACUGGCCAAGUGCGAAACGAUCGGACAGCAAAUCAAUGAAGCGAUGAGUGGAUGGCGCGUCAAGGAAGAGGCAGCAUUAGAUCCUUCCAAACCUAAGCCAGACAAUUUUCUUGAUAAGCAGCCAACGAAUCUGGCCAAGGACGUGGUGCUUAAGGAUUAUCAGCUGACAGGUGUGAGCUGGCUUAAUCUGCUGUAUCAGAAGGAGACAUCCUGUAUCUUGGCAGACGAGAUGGGAUUGGGCAAGACAUGUCAAGUAAUUGCAUUCCUUGCCCACAUUAAGGAAAACUACCCUCGUCGCGGAGCGCACUUAAUUGUGUCACCUUCUUCCGUGCUGGAAAACUGGUCGCGUGAAUUUCAGCGUUUUUGCCCUGAUCUGCGCAUUGAAGUAUACUAUGGUUCUCAGGCAGAGCGCCGUGAUCUGCGCAUGGAUCUCAAGCGGCGUGAUGAUUAUGAUGUGUUGCUGACGACGUAUGAUAUGGCGACAGGAAGCCAUGAUGACCAGUCGUUCCUGCGCAAGAGUGGCUUCGACGUCUGCGUGUUCGAUGAAGGCCACAUGCUGAAGAAUCGCAAAUCUCAAAAGUACGCCAAGCUUUUGCGCAUUUCGGGACGCUGGCGCUUGCUGCUUACGGGUACACCAUUGCAAAAUAACCUGCAAGAGUUGGUAUCAUUGCUCAACUUUAUUUUACCUGACUACUUUACGGAUGCUGAAGAGGCUCUUGCAGCCAUUUUUAAAGUCAAGCAGGGUGCAAGCACUACGCAACUGUCUCGGCAGCGCGUUGAGCGUGCCAAGCGCAUGAUGCAGCCAUUCGUUCUGCGGCGACGCAAAGAUCAGGUAUUGCGUGGACUAACAGAGAAGACGGAGCGCAAUGUACUUUGCGAUAUGACAGAACGGCAGGCCCAAAUGUACAAAGAUGUGUUGCAGCGCACUAAGGCAGCGCUGGUAGACGAGCCUAAUGGCAAGAAAGGCGCACAGAAGGAUUCGGCCAAUGUUCUCAUGGAUCUGCGUAAGGCUGCGAACCACCCCCUGCUCUUUCGCAGUUUGUAUGAUGACAAGAAGAUUGCAGCUCUAGCGCGAGAUUAUAUCCGUGAACCUGAACAUGCAGAGGAAAACAUUCAGCAUCUACGCGAAGACUUUACGAUCAACACUGAUGCUGAAUUGUCUUUGCUCGCACGUUCGUGGAAGUCGACCAAGAAGCACCAGCUGCCAGCGGCCGAGUGGUUGAACUCGGGCAAAAUUCGAGAGCUGCAAAAAAUCAUUGACGAGGUCGUGGAACGUGGUGAUCGCAUGCUCAUUUUCUCACAGUUCACGUCUGUGCUGGAUAUUUUGUGCGUGUUUUUGGAACAUAUCGGUGUCAAGUAUGUCGGCUUCACCGGUCAGACCAACGUGGGUGACCGUCAGGUCCUUGUGGACCAAUUUACCAAUGAUCCAUCCAUCCCUGUUUUCUUGUUGUCCACGCGUGCGGGUGGUCUGGGUAUCAAUCUUGUCGCUGCCAACUGGGUCGUGCUAUUUGACCAAGACUUCAACCCCCAAAAUGACAAACAAGCGACAGAUCGGUGCUACCGCAUCGGCCAAACAAAGCCUGUCACAGUUGUUCGCUUGAUAAGCCGCGGCACCAUUGAUGAAGAUAUUUUGGCCAUGGCCCAAAGCAAGCUAGAGCUCGCCAACCGUGUGUCUGGUCAAACGGAUGCUGCCAACGAAGGUGACGAGGAGCAAAUGGAGACGGAAAUCAAGGGGCGCAUCACGUCGUCGCUUCUUGCUCAAGUUCGUGAACGUUCUGCACCAUAA